UUCCUAAAAAGAAUCCAUUGACCAACUUGCUCUUCCUCGUCUCUGUAGGAAGGAACCGAAAAAAUCAAAACAAGUUUGAUUGAAAAGCACUAGUAGUAAGGAACACACUGUGAUGGCUUCACACUCUACAUUCUUCCGCAACCCCACCCUUCACAGCCACAACAUCACUCACCCUCAUGCUUUUUCCUCUCAUUACACCUUUAUUGGCUCUUCAUUUUCCCGGAAAUCACUUUCCUGGAAAAUCCCCGCCAGUAGGAACCAACUGGGUCAGCUCUCUGGGUUUAGUCCCACAUCUUCUUCUUCUUCUUCUUCUUCUUCUCAAGAGUUUGAUGUUGUGAUAGUCGGGGCUGGCAUCAUCGGGUUAACCAUCGCUCGCCAGUUUCUGAUGGGUUCGGACCUAUCAGUCGCCAUAGUUGAUAAGGGUGUCCCUUGUUCUGGUGCCACUGGUGCAGGGCAGGGAUAUCUGUGGAUGGCGCACAAAACACCUGGAAGUGGAACAUGGGAUCUUACAUGGAGAAGUCAUCAACUUUGGAAGAUGCUGGCAGAAAGCCUAAAAGAGCAAGGCUUGAAUCCUUUGGUGGAGUUGGGUUGGAAAAAAACUGGAAGCCUAUUAGUUGGUAGAACUCAUGCAAAGUCAGACAUGCUAAAGGGGAGGGUGAGACAGCUUAGUGAGGCUGGGUUGAAUGCCGAGUACCUAUGUAGCAGUGAUUUGUUUAAACAAGAACCUGAUCUGUUGGUGGACAAAGACAGUGCAGCUGCAUUUCUACCGGAUGACUGCCAAUUGGAUGCUCAUCGUACUGUUGCAUAUAUUGAAAAGGCUAACAUGAAUUUUGCAUCAAAAGGCAGAUACGCAGAAUUUUAUGAUGACCCAGUGAAAUGUUUCAUCAGGUCGGAUAGCAAUGGAGAGGUUAAAGCUGUUCAGACUUUCAAGAAUACAUUAUACAGCAAGAAGGCAAUAAUAGUUGCAGCUGGUUGUUGGACUGGUUGUUUGAUGCAGGAUUUGUUUAGAAAUUGGGGGAUGGAGUUACAUGUUCCUGUAAGGCCCAGAAAGGGUCACCUACUAGAGCUUCAGAAUAUCAAUUUCCUUCAGCUGAACCAUGGCCUGAUGGAGGCAGGUUAUAUUGACCAUCCAACAGUUUCUGGUUUAGAAUCCUCCGAUCAUGGACGAAACUUAUCUGUUUCAAUGACAGCAACUGUAGAUGCAGCUGGGAAUCUUCUUUUUGGGAGUAGCCGUGAAUUUGUUGGGUUCAGCACUGAUUUGGACGAGUUUGUUGUCAGUUAUAUAUGGAAGCGGGUUGGAGAAUUCUUUCCCAAAUUGAAAAUGCUUUCCCUUUCAGAUUUAAGUGCAAGAAGAAAAGUCAGAAUAGGAUUACGACCUUACAUGCCUGAUGGGAAGCCAAUGAUUGGGCCUGUGCCUAGCUUGUCAAAUGUGUACCUUGCAGCUGGACAUGAAGGUGGUGGGCUUUCAAUGGCUUUGGGGACUGCUGAAAUGGUCGUUGAUAUGGUGUUGGGCUGUCCAGGAAAAGUUGAUAGCAAACCUUUUGCUGUGAAUCGAGUUCUUGAUUAAAUGCGUGCCACUCAUGAGAAUUAUAAGUCACUACUUGGAUUACAAAAUAAUUUAGUUCUGAUUGAGUAAUGUCACUGGUGAAGUUUCUAUUUCUAGUGACUCCUUUUUUCAUUAAAAUUGUUCACCAUGUAGCCAUCUUCCCUUUUUGUUUUGUCUGACAUUAAAUCUCUCUCUCUCUC